AUGACCGUCACAGAAGCUUCCCAGGUAGUCUCGAUCCUGGUCCAUGACCCAAAAACUCCCAACCAGGCCUUUGUACUACAUCCCGGAGGGACAUUUACAUUCGAAGAACGCAGCACACCCACCCUCCAAUCAGAUCGAGAUGUCAUAGUCCGAGUAAUGGCAACAGGUCUCUGUGGUUCAGACGUCCACUACUGGCAACACGGCCGAAUAGGCCCCUACAUCGUCAAGGACCCAAUAACCCUAGGCCACGAGUCCACAGGCAUAGUAGUAUCCGUCGGAACGGCCGCGGACCUCAAAAUCGGCGACCGAGUCGUCCUGGAACCCGGCAUCGCCUGCAACACCUGCACCAACUGCCGCAGCGGCCGCUACAACCUGUGCAAAACGAUGAAAUUCGCCGCAACACCACCUUACAACGGAACACUCGCAACAUACUACCGCGUACCUGCAGAAUGUUGUUUCAAGCUCCCAGCGCAUAUCUCCCUGCGCGACGGGACGCUAAUCGAGCCGCUUAGCGUGGCUGUGCACAGCUGUCGAUUGGCGGGGUUUAUGCAGGAUAAAUCGCUGAUUGUGUUCGGGGCUGGGCCGGUGGGGUUGCUUUGUUGUGCUGUUGCGCGGGCGUUCGGUGCGAAGACGGUUGUUGCUGUGGAUGUUGUUCCUGGGCGGCUUGCUUCUGCCGUGAAAUUUGGUGCUACGGAUACAUACAAAAUGAGUGAUGGGACGGUGGAGGAAAAUGCGGUGGAUUUGUUGGAGGGGGUUGGGUUGGAGGGUGCUGAUAUUGUGCUUGAUGCGACGGGGGCGGAGGCUUGUUUGAAUUGUGGUAUUCUUGCGCUUGUGCAGGGUGGGACGUUUGUUCAGGUUGGAUUGGGGAAGCCGAAUCUGUUGGUUCCGGUUGGGCAGAUCUGUGAUAAGGAGAUUGUUUUCAAAGGGAGCUUUAGGUAUGGGCCUGGGGAUUUUAAAUUGGCUAUUGGGUUGCUGGAUUCGCGUCGGAUCAGGUUGGAUGGGCUUGUUACUCAUGAGUUUCCUUUUGGCCAGGCUGAGGAUGCUUUUAAAAAUGUUGCUGGGCGAGGUGGGAUUAAGAGUGUGAUUUAUGGCCCGAAUGUUGAUGAGGAAGAGGCAAGAGCAAGUUUAGUAUAG